AUGAAGACGAUGAAGUCGAAAAUUCAGUCUCAGGACAAGCUCAAGUAUGCCCUCAUCGGUUUCCUCCCCAUCUUCCUUCUUUUCUUCGUUCUGAGGUCGAGCUUCUCCACCGCGGGAGAUCCCCGAUCGGCGACGGCGGACUCCCAGCGGCUGAAUAGGACCGCCCCGCCGCUGUCCUGUGCCAAGAUCCCCCCCUCACUGGCGCAGACUAUCGUACACUACGCCGCGACCAACGAGACCCCCCAGCAGACCUUGAAGGAGAUAUACGUCACGGCCCGGGUUCUGGAGAGGAGAUCCCCCUGCAACUUUCUGGUCUUCGGCUUGGGGCGCGACAGCCUCAUGUGGAGCGCUCUCAACCACGGCGGCCGCACCGUCUUCCUCGAGGAGGACGAGGAAUGGAUCGCCGCCGUCCGCCGGAGGGCCCCGUCGCUGGAGUCCUACCACAUAGUGUACACCACCAAGCUGCACCAGGGCGACGCGCUGCUGCAGUCCAGUACGGUGGCAGCAGCUCCGGCAUGUGCCGCCAUCGCGGGGGAUAUGCGAUCGUCGCGGUGCCCGCUGGCCCUGGCGGGGCUGCCCGACGCGGCGGUCGGCACGGAGUGGGAUGUGAUCAUGGUGGACGCGCCAACGGGGUACUUUGCCGGCGCGCCGGGGAGGAUGGGCGCCAUAUACACGGCGGGGAUGAUGGCGAGGAGGAGGAAGAAGGCGGGGGAGACGGACGUCUUCGUGCACGACGUCGACAGGCCAGUGGAGGACAAGUACUCCAGGACCUUCCUCUGCGAAGGCUACCUGCGGCAGCAGGAGGGCCGCCUCCGCCACUUCACCAUCCCCAGCAGCCGCCGAGCUCAACGGGACAUCGCCACCCCCUUCUGCCCCUCCACGUAA